AUGGAAAAUGUGUGGAAGUAUUCAACGUCCUCUGCUCAAACCCUCUCAAAAUCCGACCGGCAAACUACAAAAUUACUUGUUUACUGCAACUCACAGAUAACCAAAAAUGGCCGAAACGGCAAUAUCAAAGAAGCCGUGUCGAUUUUCAAUCGCAUGCCAACCAAAAAUGUUAUCUCUUGGACCGCAAUGCUCACUGCAUAUGCUGAGAAUGGGCAAAUUCAGAUGGCCCGUAAAGUAUUCGAUGAAAUACCCCAAAAAAGUGUCGCAUCGUGGAACGCUAUGAUCACUGCUUAUAUAAAAAACAGAGUUGGGAUUGAUGAUGUUUUUGAUUUAUUUUUGAAAAUGCCGAUACGAAAUGAGGUGUCUUAUGCUGCAAUGGUUACAGGUUUUGUUAAUAUAGGAAUGUUUGAUAAGGCUGAAGAACUGUAUGCUGAGAUGCCUAGGAAUUGGCGUAAUCCUGUUUGUUCAAAUGCUUUAAUAAAUGGGUAUUUGAAGAUGGGGAAAUUGGAUCAGGCGGUUAGGGUUUUUGAGGGCAUGGUGGAGAAAGAUGUGGUUUCUUGGAGCUCAAUGGUUGAUGGGUACUGUAGAAAUGGAAGACUUGGUGAAGCUAGAGUGUUAUUUGAUAGGAUGGAAGAGAAAAACGUGGUUACUUGGACUGCUAUGAUUAAUGGCUAUGUGAAAAUGGGGUGUUUCGAAGAUGGGUUUGGAUUGUUUGUGCAGAUGAGACGGGAAGAUGUUGUAAAGGUUGUCUCGAAUACACUGACCGUAGUUUUUGAAGCUUGUGGAAGACUCGGUAGAUAUGAAGAAGGGUGUCAAGUGCAUGGUUUGGUUUUGCGUAUGGGAUUUGAGUUUGAUUUUUUCUUAGGCAAUUCUGUUCUUAGUAUGUAUUGUAAGUUUGGUUGUAUAGAUGCGGCUAAUAAUGUAUUUUGCACGAUGAAGGAGAGAGAUGUGGUUUCUUGGAAUUCUCUAAUUGUUGGUUAUGUUCAGGCGGAAGAAAUUGAAGAGGCUUAUAAACUUUUCAAGGAAGUACCAGAUAAAGAUGUAGUUUCUUGGACGACCAUGAUUACUGGGUUUUCUAGUAGAGGGAUGACUGGGAAAUCCAUUGAGUUGUUUAAAAUGAUGCCAGAGAAAGAUGAUGUUGCUUGGACUGCUCUUAUUUCAGGGUUUGUGAACAAUGGAGAAUAUGAGGAGGCUAUCUGUUGGUUCAUUGAUAUGCUUCAGCAAGCGGUCAGACCAAACCCUCUUACCCUAAGUAGUGUGCUCAGUGCUUCAGCUGGUUUGGCUACAUUAAACCAAGGCUUGCAAGUACAUGCUCAUGUUGUGAAAAUGGAUAUGGAACUAGAUUUGUCCGUCCUAAAUUCACUGAUCUCGAUGUAUUCUAAGUGUGGAAGUGUAAAUGAUGCCUAUAAGACCUUCCAAACCAUCCCUUCCCCAAAUAUUGUUUCUUUUAACUCGAUAAUUACUGGAUUUGCCCAAAAUGGGCAUGGGAAAGAAGCACUUAAUUUUUUUAAGAAAAUGCUAGACGAAUGCCUGGAACCCAACGAGAUUACCUUUCUAGGCGUUCUUUCAACCUGUACUCAUAUGGGAAUGGUAGAAGAAGGAUGGAAGUACUUCAAAUCCAUGAGAUACUCAUAUAAGAUUGAACCAGGGCUUGAUCACUAUGCAUGCAUGGUUGAUCUCCUCGGGAGGGCUGGUUUGCUGGAUGAAGCAAUUAAUUUUAUCACUUCAAUGCCAUUGGAGCCCCAUUCUGGGGUUUGGGGUGCUCUUCUUGGUGCAAGCAGGAACCAUGUGCAGCUUGACCUUGCUAAACUUGCAGCUCAACAUCUUUCUGAAUUGGAGCCCCACAAUGCGGCCCCUUAUGUAGUUUUGUCUGACCUGUACUCUAUUUCAGGGAACAUGAAGGAUGAGGAACAAGUUAGAAUAGCUAAGAAAUUGAAAGGGAUAAAGAAAAGUCCAGGUUGUAGUUGGAUUAUGGUGCAGGACAAGGUUAACUUGUUCCUUUCAGGAGACCGAUCUCAUGUAAAGUUUGAAGAGAUCAAAAGCACAUUAUGGACAAUUUUGGAUGAAAUGAGACGGUAA